AUGGGGACCAACAACGCGGCCGAGUACGGCGGGCUGCUGAUGGUCCUCGGCUGGUGCGCGGCGAACGGGGUGAGCGACGUCAGGGUGUAUGGAGACUCGCUGCUGGUCGUCAAUCAGCCCACGGCGACUCCCCAGAAGACGACGGCCUCGUCGAAGGGGUGGUUGAUAGCGGGCAUCGCGUUCUGGCUUCUCGGUGGAAUCUACGGGGCCUACCUGUCCUGGUCGUGCAACUCGAACCAUGGGUUCGGGGCCGUGAGCAAGGUGGUCUUCUCCUUCUUCUCGAUGCUCGGCGGGUGGGGGUACGUGUUCAACUACCUGAUAUUCAAAUCCUGGACGUGCGAUCCCGUCGCCAGCCUCGUCUCCAACCCAGCUGCCGCGGCUCGUUUCCUGGAGGGGCAUCGGGCGUCGGGUUGA